AAAGAGCCGCAUAGCUCUCUCACAGUAACACUAUGUUGGUACUGCUUGGUGAAUAUUUUUAAAGCGCCCCUAUUAUGAUUUGUUUUGUGUUUCCUGUCAUUAAGUGUGUUAUUUACUUUUGUUGUGUAUGUAAUAUAUGUAUACAGUACAAAAAAUGUUGUCACUCCAAAUGGAGCUUUCUCUCCCACAGAAAAAAACACUUCUCUUCAACUGACUCAAACGCAUCAUCUCCAUUCCUGCCUUAAAUUCCCUAAUCACUGACGUAGACAAUUAAAAAAGCCCAAUGAGCGGCACGCCCUCUCUCUAAGGAAGAGAAUAUGGAGGCCCAAGAAGCAGGCAGAUGCAGUGACAACAUAACUGACCCUACAAACAAAGUAAAGCAGAAGGACAUUUAAGCCACUACGUCACUGUUUCUCUCCCAUCUUGAAGAGCUGAAAUGGCUUACUCACAGAUCCGCCUGAAAAUUCUCCCCAGUGUUCGGUGUCUCUUCGAUAAAAUGGUGCAGUUGAAAGUAGAGGGACUCGCACCUCACAAACAAGUUCAACUGAGGUCCAAACUAGUUGAUGACAGAGGGGUGGUUUUCAAGGCUUCUGCUCUGUACAAAGCAGAUGAAACCGGUCAGGUGGAUGUCUACACUGCACCCUCUCUGGGAGGAAGUUACACCGGAGUGGAGCCCAUGGGUUUGUUUUGGGCCCUGGCACCGGAGACUCCCCACAGUAAACUUCUAAAGAAGAAUGUGCUCAGCCCAUCACUGGUGGAGAUAGAAGCACUGAGUGGAGAGACUGGUGAGGUGUUGGCCUCUGAAACCAACGAGAGACGAUACAUGACCGAGGGGAUGAAGAGAAUACCUGUGCAACUGGGAAGAAUACGAGGAGUCCUCUUUGUACCACCAGGAAAGGGACCGUUCCCAGGAAUUGUGGAUUUGUACACAUUUGGUGGACGUCUUACUGAGCCCAGAUCCAGCCUCUUGGCAAAUAAAGGUUUUGUUGUUUUUGCACUGGCCUAUACAGACUACCAGGAUUUACCAAAAAGACCUAAAAAGUUGGAACUGGAGUACUUCGAAGAGGCUGUAUCUUAUCUGAGGGCACAGCCAGAGGUUAAAGGUCCGGGGAUUGGCAUCAUAGCAAUCUCUCACAGCGGCGCUUUGGCUUUGUCGAUGUCAUCUUUCUUCUCUGGGAUUUCAGCGACCGUCUGUAUUAAUGGCUGCAAUGCAAAUACUGUGAUUCCUUUACACUACAAAGACAUUGUUAUACCUCCACUUCCCCAUGUCAUGAAGAAUGUUAAAAUCAUAGAGUCUGGGCUUUUAGAUGUACGAGAUGCCUUACCUGACCCCUCCUUGGAAAAGAACAGGGCAUCAUUGAUUCCGAUUGAACGGGCCAGCUGCCAGUUCCUGUUUGCCGUGUCUGAAGAUGACCGCAACUGGAAUAGUGUUUUUUUUGCCAAGCAGGCUGCUGCAACGCUAAGAAAUCAUGGCAAAGAGUCUUUUCAAGUAGUAAAGUACCCAAAAGCUGGACACUUUUUGGAAGUCCCUCACAUGCCUUUUUGUCCGUCUGGGUUUCAUGGAGCAGUAGGCAGUGAUGUGGUGUUUGGUGGGGAGCCAAAAGCCCAUUCUGAGGCUCAGCUCGACCUGUGGGGAAAAGUCCAGGAGUUCUUCAAGAGCCACUUGGACAACUAGUACUUGUUGGCAAGCAAUGCUGCAUCAAGCGUGUCAAGCGUCCCAGAAUGGUCAUUAGCAAUGCUUAAUCGUUUUAGAUUCUAAUGAAUGACCUUUUCAAAGGGGUAUUAAAUGAUAUGAGUGUUAUGUUGAAGCUUUGGAUUUUUUUGUAAAUGUAAUAUUACUGUGAUAUGCCUGCUACCUUAAAAUAAUUAAAAAAACAAUUUAGAUCAUUGUAAGCAAUAAGUAAACAUGGUCUAUGUGAAUUAGUCUUACACUAAGCCAA